AUGGCACAAAGAAAUGAGACCACAGUUGAAGAGUUCGUUUUAUUGGCCUUUGUUGAUUUGCACCAGAUUCAGAUAUUAAUUUUUCCAUUUUUUCUGCUGACCUAUAUCACUUGUAUUAUGGGAAAUCUCGCAAUAAUCAUUGUUGUUAAACUUGAACAUUCACUUCAUAAACCAAUGUAUUUUUUCAUCGCUGUGUUCUCUAUUUUGGAAAUCGUGUUUGUCUCGGUCACAGUUCCAAAACUUUUGGCCAUUUUACUUGCACACAAAAACACAAUAUCCUUCAUUGGAUGUUUUACUCAAAUGUUUGUUUUCGGCUCCUUGGGUGUCACCGAAUGUUAUCUACUUAUGGUGAUGGUGUUUGAUCGAUAUCUUGCUAUAAAAAACCCUUUACAUUACCCAACUAUCAUGACUUAUACAGUUUGUGUUGAACUAGCUAUUUUUCCAUGGAUUUUUGGAUUUACCAGUGUUUUAGUACAGGUCAUCAUUAUGGCCCAAAUGGAAUUCUGUGGUCCUAAUAUAAUUGAUCACUUUUUUUGUGACUUUGCCCCAAUACAAAGCUUGGCAUGUUCUGAUCCUUUCAUUAGCAUUAUGUCAACAAACUUAGCGGCCAUCGUGGACAUUAUUCUACCAUUCCUCGUAAUCAUAGGAUUCUAUGUCUAUAUUAUAAUGACUGUCAGCAAGAUCAAGAGUAAAGAUGGGAAACAGAAAGCCUUCUCCACCUGCACAUCUCAUCUCAUCGUAGCCAGUCUCUUCUAUGGAACGGCCAUGAUUGUAUAUGCUAAACCUAAAGCUAACCAUUAUGAUAAGUACCUCACCUUUAUGUAUACAGCAUUCACCCCUACGAUUAAUCCUUUCAUUUAUACCUUUAGAAACAGGGACGUGAAGGAAGUUUUCUGGAAGUCAGUAAAGCGAGCCUUAAGACCAGCUGUAUUGUAA